CCUUGUCCCUGCAGGUGUGUGUGAACAUGAGUCUGCCCAUGUUUACACCCUGCAAGCCUGAAGAGUCCCCAGAAACUGAAAGAAGAAGCAAAGCCCUUUCUGUACCCUCCCUGCCCCCUGUCCCGACCGCGACAAAAGCGACUUCCUCUUUCCAGUGCAUUUAAGGCGCAGCCUGGAAGUGCCAGGGAGCACUGGAGGCCACCCAGUCAUGGGGGACACCUUCAUCCGUCACAUCGCCUUGCUGGGCUUUGAGAAGCGCUUCGUACCCAGCCAGCACUAUGUGUACAUGUUCCUGGUGAAAUGGCAGGACCUGUCGGAGAAGGUGGUCUACCGGCGCUUCACUGAGAUCUACGAGUUCCAUAAAACCUUAAAAGAAAUGUUCCCUAUUGAGGCAGGGGCGAUCAAUCCAGAGAACAGGAUCAUCCCCCACCUCCCAGCUCCCAAGUGGUUUGACGGGCAGCGGGCCGCCGAGAACCGCCAGGGCACACUUACCGAGUACUGCAGCACGCUCAUGAGCCUGCCCACCAAGAUCUCCCGCUGUCCCCACCUCCUCGACUUCUUCAAGGUGCGCCCUGAUGACCUCAAGCUCCCCACGGACAACCAGACAAAAAAGCCAGAGACAUACUUGAUGCCCAAAGAUGGCAAGAGUACCGCAACAGACAUCACCGGCCCCAUCAUCCUGCAGACGUACCGCGCCAUUGCCGACUACGAGAAGACCUCGGGCUCCGAGAUGGCUCUGUCCACGGGGGACGUGGUGGAGGUCGUGGAGAAGAGCGAGAGCGGUUGGUGGUUCUGUCAGAUGAAAGCAAAGCGAGGCUGGAUCCCAGCGUCCUUCCUCGAGCCCCUGGACAGUCCUGACGAGACGGAAGACCCUGAGCCCAACUAUGCAGGUGAGCCAUACGUUGCCAUCAAGGCCUACACUGCUGUGGAGGGGGACGAGGUGUCCCUGCUCGAGGGUGAAGCUGUUGAGGUCAUUCACAAGCUCCUGGACGGCUGGUGGGUCAUCAGGAAAGACGACGUCACAGGCUACUUCCCGUCCAUGUACCUGCAAAAGUCGGGGCAAGACGUGUCCCAGGCCCAACGCCAGAUCAAGCGGGGGGCGCCGCCCCGCAGGUCGUCCAUCCGCAACGCGCACAGCAUCCACCAGCGGUCGCGGAAGCGCCUCAGCCAGGACGCCUAUCGCCGCAACAGCGUCCGUUUUCUGCAGCAGCGACGCCGCCAGGCGCGGCCGGGACCGCAGAGCCCCGGGAGCCCGCUCGAGGAGGAGCGGCAGACGCAGCGCUCUAAACCGCAGCCGGCGGUGCCCCCGCGGCCGAGCGCCGACCUCAUCCUGAACCGCUGCAGCGAGAGCACCAAGCGGAAGCUGGCGUCUGCCGUCUGAGGCUGGAGCGCAGUCCCCAGCUAGCGUCUCGGCCCUUGCCGCCCCGUGCCUGUAUAUACGUGUUCUAUAGAGCCUGGCGUCUGGACGCCGAGGGCAGCCCCGACCCCUGUCCAGCGCGGCUCCCGCCACCCUCAAUAAAUGUUGCUUGGAGUGGA